UAAGCAGAUGCAGAACUGCACCACACACACGUCACCUUGGUAGCGGAAACUGAUUCGAAAGAGAUCGGAGAGAAGAGAGAAAUGGCGAAUCAAGGCGCUAAGAAACGCAAGGAAGAGAACGCUCGUCACAUGGCUAGGCUUCGCCAAGUUAUCAUAGCCUGCAACGUAAUCUAUGUAUUAGUGAGGAUGUUGUUCUUCCAUUCCACAUUCACCUGGAAGCACUGGAUUGGACUAAUUGUGACAUCUCUGGCAUAUUUUAUACCAUAUAAACAACUUGCUAAGAUGGCGACGCCAAGUUAUGAUGACGAUGGUGAACUUUUAGAUGGUGGUUUUGAUAUGACUACUGGUGGAGUUUGUGGCUAUUUACAUGAUGUUAUCUACAUAACAUGCUUUGUGCAAGUUAUGUCUAUCAUCUCUGGAAAAUUUUGGUACACAUAUCUUGUGAUACCAGCUUUUGGAGCAUACCAAUCUUUUGGCUUCAUUAAAGGGUUUUUGCCAGGACGUUCAGAGGAACCAUAUGAAGAUGAAAAGACCCGCAAGAAGAGGGAAAAGAUGGAGAAGAAAGCAUCCAGGCCUAAGUUCGUCAAGACAAGAACUAGAUAGGUUUUUGUAUUGUUCGAGUGUACACCUAGUUAGGUAACCAACAGAAAUAUUCAAAACUGAUGCGGUCGCUCUGUAAUUUCCAGUUAUUAUGAGAACUAGUUGUAUUUUAGUCGAGUUUUACACUUUUACUUUCGUGUAAAAUAAAACAAUCUCUAAUUUGUAA